UCCACAGUCUCUUGGUCAUCCCCUGUACUGUCUGCAGUCUCUGGUCAUCCCUUGUACUGUCUGCAGUCUCUGGUCAUCUGUACUAUGUCUGCAGUCCCUGGCAUUUUCCCUCUACUAUGUCCGCAGUCUCUGGUCAUCUGUACUAUGUCCGCAGUCUCUGGUCAUCUGCACUAUGUCCGCAGUCUCUGGUCACCUCCUGUACUACACCAUACUCUGGUCAUCUCCUGUACUAUGUCCGCAGUCUCUGGUCAUUUCCUGUACUGUGUCCGCAGUCUCUGGUCAUUCCCUGUACUGUGUCCGCAGUCUCUGGUCAUUCCCUCUGUACUGUGUCCGCAGUCUCUGGUCAUUCCCUGUACUGUGUCCGCAGUCUCUGGUCAUUCCCUGUACUGUGUCCGCAGUCUCUGGUCAUUCCCU